AUCCUAACGGCACCGGGCUGCUUCUGAAAAUCAGGAGGUGAAUAUCAAACAGCUCCAGGAUGCUGCCACCUUCCUUCCUGCUGACCUGCUGUUCACCAGAGGGCAUUUGAUUUACCAAACAUGAUGAAGACUGAGCCCCCGUCGGCCACGGGGAGCAACGGGGCCUCUGGUGGAAGCAGCGGAGGAAGCGGGAGCUCGAAUCUGCGGAGUCCCUCGCCGCAUCGCAACGCCUACGAGGCAGGGCUGGCGGCGCUGAAGAAGGCCACCGACCACCUCAACAAUGCCGCCAAUGGAGGUUCUGACCCUACCACAAAGCCCGCACCUCUGCCCCGCCCAACCGGGAGGGGCCGGAGAUAUGGCUCAAACGUUCACCGCAUCAAGAACAUGUUUAUGCAGAUGCAGUCUCCUGGUGAUGAGGAGGACGGAGCCAAAAUGAUUGAUUCACCAUUGACAUUCCUGUCAUUGUCAGAUAAAGAUCAGGCAGUGAAAUUGUCUCUGCCGAGGGCGUCAACCCUCAAUGAGAACGUUGACCACAGCGCCCUACUUAAACACGGAGGCACAGUCUCAGAGAGGGUUAACCGUUUUGACCCCAAAGCAGGAGGAGACGGCGGGGGCUUCUCCAAGCUCCAGGAGACCAGGAGGAUCUUUGAACAGCGGACUCUACAGGAGAAGCAAGCGGCCACCAACCGGAUCUUGCUGAAGAAGGAGCGGGCGUCAGGUUUCCAGGACAGCCGCCUGGAUGUUGUGGCUCGCUUUAACGGUUCCACGGAGGCUCUGGACCGGCUGGACGACCCCCCUGUUCCAGCUCCCGCUACUUUCCCUGCUGCUGCAGCUGCAAUGGGGCCUGAUGAUGCCGUCAGCCCCACCGUGAGCCAGCUCAGUGCUGUGUUCGAGAAGGGCGAACAACAAAACAACCUCCACCUCCCCAAACGCCGGUCAGGACCUGCCCUGGCACCAAAGCCCAAACCUCCGGCAAGAGCUGACGCAGGCGGGAGGAAGGCAAAGGCGGCCCCUCCAAGUAAGGAGGACCGAGAAGAGGUGACCGCAGGAGAUGUGAGCACCCAGGCAGCAGAGCUUCCAGAAGUGAGCAUAGGAGGAGUGGUGACAAGCGAGGAGAAGGAAGCAUUCGGACUGUCAGGAGACAAGCCCUCCUCAUCUUCCUCAGUGGCCGUCACUUCCUCCUCUUCCUCUUCAGAGGCUAAAUCAGUAUCAGAGGCCCAGCCAGCAGCGACUGAAGCCAGGGGCUCAAGUACGGUGGAAGCCCCAGAGCGGCAAGCUGCAGAGCAGGACAGCUCCCCCGGGGGUUCUGAUGCUGGAGCCAGGCUGGUGAAAGCCGUGGUUCAUGCCUCAUUGGAAAAUGGAGAAAAAGAGCCUCCAAGUUCCUCCCCCUCCUCAGAUGAGAAAGGAACGGACUCUGACAGGAGGGAUGAGGAUGAGGAAGAGGAAGAGGAGAACGAUGAUGAUGGCUCGAGGAAGGAGGAUUACUCUGAGGGGGAUCUGGUGGAUAUCAGUGCUUACAGCGGGCUCGGGGAGGAAGAUUCUGGGGGUAGCCAGUUGGACGAUGAGGAGGACGAAGAAGAUGAAGAAGAGGUGUACCAGCCGGAGAGCAGCUGCUCCGAAAUCGCUGGCCUUCCAGAGGAAGAGGAGCCGGUCCCAACCAAUAGGAAGAUUAAUUUCAGCACUGAGCCAAUUAGGGUCUUCACCACCUACUCUAACGAAGAUUACGACCGACGUAACGACGAUGUCGACCCCAUGGCAGCCUCCGCCGAGUACGAGCUGGAGAAAAGAGUGGAGAAGCUGGACCUAUUUCCUGUCGAGCUGGAGAAAGACAGUGAUGGUCUGGGUAUCAGCAUCAUAGGCAUGGGUGCAGGAGCUGAUAUGGGUCUGGAGAAACUUGGAAUCUUCGUGAAGACGGUCACCGAUAACGGAGCCGCACAGAGAGACGGCAGGAUCCAGGUGAAUGAUCUGAUAGUGGAAGUUGAUGGGACCAGCCUGGUUGGCGUCACUCAGAGCUUUGCUGCCUCUGUCCUCCGCAACACCACAGGCACCGUCAGGUUUGUGAUUGGCCGGGAGAAACCGGGGGAGCAGAGCGAAGUGGCUCAGCUGAUCCAGCAGACUCUGGAACAGGAGAGAUGGCAGAGAGAGAUGAUGGAGCAGAGAUACAAGCAGUACAUGGAUGAUGAUGAAGAGACAGGUGAAUAUGCAACAGACGAGGAGGAGGAAAUGAGUCCUGUGUUUCCAAACUCCAUUGAGGUUUUCGACCUGGCGGAGAACCAGGACAUGUCCCCUGUGGAGCUGGACCCUGAGAAGCUGACCCAUAAAUUCAAGGAGCUCCAGAUUAAACAUGCAGUGACCCAGGCGGAGAUCCAGCUGCUAAAGAGGAAGUUGGCUCAUGCGGAGCAGGAUAAGUUGCGUUGGCGGAUGGAGCGUGCUCAGUUGGAGCAAAACAUCCGGGACAGUAAAGAGAGGAUGGAGAAACUGGAGGGAUACUGGAUGGAGGCACAGUCCCUAUGUAAGGCCGUGGAUGAACACCUGAAAGAAACCCAGGCUCAGUACCAAACCCUAGAGAGGAAAUACUGCAAAGCCAAGAGACUGAUUAAAGAAUACCAGCAAAAGGAAAUCGAGUACCUAAAGAAGGAGACAGCUCAGCGUCGAGCACAAGAGGAGAGCGAGGCAACACACAAAGAGGAGACGGACAACCUGCAGGAAAAGAUUACAGACUUGGAGACCAAAGUGGAUGCCCUGAAAACCCCCAAACCCUCCUAGACUGCUGCUACUUCCUACCUCCUGUCUGUGACUGGAAGAGGUGGAGCUCUGCCUUCAUUCUGACCGGGGCUGUAUUUUACUCCAAUCAACCCAUUUACUGCACGGACGGGUAGCGGCCGGGGGGGGGGGGGAGAAUAACAAGGAUGACAAUGAUAAAAGAGAAGAAGAGGAGUGUGACAUACAAAACGGAAAGAAGCAACCUCUCAUCUGACAUCUGCCAGCCGCUUAGAGCUCCGUCAGUCCAAUAACCAAUCCCAGAAUGCACCCUCUGUAAUACCCAGAAUCCUCCUAGUGUGUCUUCCUGGCAACCGGCUUGGCAACCAACACAGAAAAACCACAUUGAAGAUCCUGUAAUUUAUUUAUGGAUGAUUGCUUGUCCUCUCCUCAUCAACUGUAUCUUACCGGGAAUCUAUUAUCAAUUCAAAUUUAUUUUAAAAAAAGCGCUUUUAACGAACAGGCUCAUCACAAAGUGCUUUAUAGAGUGACAAAGGGCAUAAAUGCAGAGAAAAAACGAGUAACAAGAAUGGACAGAGGUUAUUUGAUUGUCGUUAUACUACUUUUUAACAAGGUGGUUGAUCUCUCCAUCUCUUUUAUGGAACUGGAUCCUUAUGGAGAGGACAGAUCUACAAGGAGAAGUGGCCACCUCAUUUUAUUUCAAGACUCGACACAAAUUUCGAAAUGGAGACUCGAUAGUAACUUGCUUUGGAAAGAAAAAGGGCCUCCCUGAUAGUUACGUAAUAAAAACUAUCAAACAAGAUUUCUGAUUAGUGACAAAAACUGUGAAAUAAUACCCAAUCUUUGGUUUCUUUUCUAGCCUAACUUCUCUGUGAGCAAUGGAAGGAAUCGGGCAGAAAUGUGCAUUUGGGGUUUGAACCGUGAUGGCAUAUUGUUUGUAUAUAUUCUAUACGUCUAUUUAAAAGUAUUUCAGUGGCUUAAGCAAUUGAAUGGGUCAGGUGGCUGAGAGUAAGGCAGUGCAAUGAGUAAAUGGCGUCGUCUUACUGUGGAGAAUGGAGGGGUUCACUUGUCCAGAUUGGUCUGUUUCAUCUCUUUUUCUAUCAACAUCAAUGGCAAACAGGGUGUUAAUAGUCUAAUAUGUGCUUAUAGAGCUUCUAAUUGUGUAUAUUUGUUGGUGUUGUACUAUCUGUGUGUUGACAUGCACACCAAUAUCCUGUUAUUCAGGAUGGUCAUGUACUAUAUUCCUAAAUUGGUGCAGAGAAACAUUAUAGAAAUCGGAUCUCAUCCAGAAUCACAAAAAACUGAAUAUACUAGCUUGAAUAUAACUAUAUUCCACAGCUUCCACUUGUACUCACUGGGCUGAGUGCAGUCAGUUAAUUCCAGCUGUGAUAUGUACUACAGGAUCUCCUAAGGUGCACUUUGUAGUGUCAGUUGUUCAAUCAUUUCUUGGAGGCAGAGCUACUUAAGAAAUAAUCUCAUUGGUCAAGGAAAACAUUAGCGAGUGGAGCUACAGAACAAAAAAUUGGCUAACAAUAUUGGAUUUUUGAGGCUGAUAUACAUAUUAGAGAGUUUUAAAAAUCUGCUCACAAUAUAUUUACAAAUACAUAACUUAUUAACAUAAAUCAUUUCUGAAAUACAUUUAAAUUUAAAGAUUUUUGACCAGUGCUCUCUGCUGGACAAAUGAUUUAAUGGCAACAAUGUUUCUAAAUGACCUAAAAAAUAUCUUCGGCAUUUCUGUACCUCAAUUUUCUGUUAUUUACCAGCUAAUAUUGGCCUGUGGAUGUAAAGAAAGAUCAUAAUAAUAAUUUAAAAAGUAUGAACAACCUAAAAGUAAGUUGGAAAUCAAUUUAACCACUCUUUAAUACUCAUUGUUGAAAUUUAAAUACCACUGAAUCAAGUGAAUGAAAUCUUUGAAAGCCAAAUUUAGAGGUCUGAUCAAUUCAUUUAGACAUUUUAAUUUUUAUAUCAGACUUUGAACAACUUUUAAAAAUUGGACAUAUCAUUAUUUGUGUAUCUUUAAGAAAAAACAACUUGAAAUCAAGUUUAUAACAUUGUUUAAAUUGAAAGUACCUGCUGCAGGUAGGAGAGGUGAAUUGAAACCACAAAAAGUCAGACAGAUUUUAAGGUAAAAAUAUUUCAAAGUUAUACAUUCAGUAGUAAUUAAUUAUAAAACUAACUAAAACUAUUUAGUUUAAGUGUUAAUUAAUGAUUACAUUUCAACAUGUGGUUCCAUUGCUCAUAAAAUUUAAAUUAUUUUGGCCUUUCUUUACUUCCAUAUUGACUUCAACCCGUCUUUCUUACCUGUACUCAUACAUGUAUACUAAUUUAGCAUGCUUACUUCUAAAAGAAUGAAAUGCAGUUGGUAUGAAUGAAAGAACAAGAUGUUGCCAAUUCUAUUUUAACAAAGAAUAAUUUUUAUGAAUGUUUUUAUCAAUACUUCAAUCAGUAUUUGUCUUUUCUAGCUAGCUAGUAUAGCCUUUUUAUGCUAACGUAGCAGGAUGAUUUUGCCUCUUAAGAAAUGUUUGCGUAACUAGACCGUACCAUGUCUAUGAGCUACAGUGUUAUUCAGAAAACUGUGUGCAUGUAAACACACUCCACAUCUCUUAGUAGAAGAAGAUUAGAAGGUCCCAGUGCCAGUAUUAUGACUUUAGAAAAGAAAGUUAGUGAUUCAUGCCUGACAGUCAAAAUGUGGGUUGAAUACAAAAGUGUUGCUGUGGUCAUUAAAAGUCAGACAGGUUUGUGGAUCCCAAGAACCACUAGAGGUGCAUCAGGUUCAGCCAACAAAGAAAUUGUUAAUUUUUAAAAUGUCUUUCAAACAAUGAUGAGGCGGCUUCUUUGGUUAGAUAAAGUUGCAAGCCUUUUUUAGUCAAAUAAUAAGUGCUUUUGGAUUUUUCUCUUUCCAGAUCAUGAAAAUGUAUUCUACCAGAAAUAGGAAGAUAAGCCACUUGUUAGAUUGUCCUUAAGAGUUUUCCUGUUGGUUAAUAAAAAAAUAAGUUGUCAGUGGAAAUGUUAGUGAUAAAGCACACAGUGGAUUUUUGCUAGCAUUUUGCUCAAGGACUCUUAAACACAUGGGAAAAGGGAAUUGACAAAUUGGCUGUUAGGACUGAACCUGUGACACUGUGGUUACAGUAGUCUCCAUGUUUAUACAAUACAGUUGUAAUUCAGUGAUGAUGAUGGCAGUUUGAUGUUUCAAAUAUGAGGUUAGUUUUUGCAUGUGGAUGGCAAAAUGGUGCUCAGUAAGACAGCGUUAACACACAAUUAACUUACAAAGUAUUGAAUAGGCAAAUGUAAUUUUGCUGCUCAAGUGUUGUCAUUCACCUUGGUGAUAAUUGUGAGUUCAUGUAUGCGUUUAUAGAGAUAUUACAGCUUGCUGGCAAGCUCUGAUUAGAUUGCAUUAAUUGAGUCAUAGAGAAGCUCAGAAUGGCCAAAAUCUACUUCCUCCCACCUGGCGCUUUGUGGUCUUCAAGUUAAAAGGUCUGUGUUGAAUGAAUGAGUUUUAACAUAAACAAAAAUCAUGUUUUGCUGCGCAUAAGACAAUGUGUUAUAUGUUAGCCAUGGUAGUGGCAUUGGUCUGUCUUGGUCCACAGCAUUGGUCCAAACUGAAAUAUCUCAACACUAUUGGAUGGAUUGCAACAACAUUUUGUACAGACAUUCAUGGUCCCUAGAUGGUGUAUCAUAAAGGCUUUAGUGAUCCUCUUAACCUCUCAUCUAGAGCCAUCAUCAGGUGCAAAUUUAGAUUUGUCCAAUAUUGUGGUUUGUAAGCAAACAACCUUAGCUGUAAUUUGUAUGUAGGGUUUUUUAGUUCAUGCUAGCAUGCUAACAUACUACCCUGCUGGAAAAACCAGCAUAGACGAGUAAACUUGCACGGUGAACAAGGUCAACUUUAAACCUGCUGAACAUCAGCAUGUUGGCAUACUGAUGUUAGCAUUUAGCUCAAAGAACUGCUGUAUCAAAGUACAGCCUCUCAGAGCUGCUAGCGUGGCUGUAGUCUUGUUAACAUUAAUAUUGACAGUGUUUUGUUUUAAAAUCAUCCUGCAAACACACAAUACUUUUCACAAAUCACAAAUAUGUGAAGCAGUUCUGCUUUUCAUCAAAAUUAUAAUCAAGUGUUGCACUUUCAAGCUUACAAAUCGCUAGGUAGAAUCAUGACCCCCAGCAGCUGAUCCUGGUUCAAUGUGUUACAGUACCUGAACAUGUUGACCUGUCUUUAUUAGGCUUUAUUACCUUUAUUAAAUUAGAUAUUUGCUCUUGCGUUUCCUAAAGACAGUUUACUUCAUACACCGAACAAUCUGAAUCCGUACCAGCUCAAGACCAUGACCUGACCUACAGGCAGUAUGUAUUAGAUAUGUAUUCAAAGAGAUUCAAGGCUUUAAAUGAUGAAUGGGAUAAAGAACAGUUGGAGAAGUAUUUACUGUAGUCACAAACACAGCAACUGUUUGAAGGGUAGACUGAGAUACAGAUAUGAUAUGUUUAAAUUGGACAGUGGGGAGCGACUCUGAACUUUAAGAACGAGGUUAAUAUUUUAAUGUAAUAUUUUAAUUUGGCAGAAAACUUUUAAAACCAAGUAUUUGUUCAAAAUAUAUAGUAUGUUUAUAAUGUAAUCUUAUUGGAUGGGAACAAGGGUCCUCAAGAUGGAAAGCAUUUUUAGAGAAAAUAAUAUCAGCCAUAAGCAACUCACUUGAGUAUUUUUCUUUUAUGUCUUUAGUAUUUUUAUUACGGUUUCAUCUCUAUGUCAAACCAAUGUGAGCUGUACAAAUCGCUGGUUUAUCACCAAAUCAAGUUCUGGUCACGUUAGGGUUUAAGAUCUAAACACCGAGUGACCACUUUGCCUUGUUAUGACUUGUACUUAUGAGUUAACAUGCUGCUUUUGCCUUUACGAAGCCUUCGGAUGUCUGCUAGCUUUAGCUGACUGUCACAGUUGUCAACCAUCAUGUCUGCCCAUCGCUCAUGUCUGCACCAUUACAAGUGUUUAAAGAGUUUUUGCCAUUGAUUACAGACAAGCUGCCAUGUUGGGAACCUGAUAGAUUGUAGCAUUUUAGCAUUUAACUGUCACAGAUUGUAGAUGGACUGAUGCCUUUUUCCAUGACACUUUCCCAGUGUUACUCCUCAUAUUUUAAAUAUUUAUUAAACUCAGCUUUUUCCCCUGCAUUACAUAUUGGGCCACUAUUUUCCCGCUGGUGGCCACUGAGCAGCUUUGCCGGAGCAGGUGAGUGGGUUUAGUGCCUUGCUUAAGGGUUAAGGAUAAUGGUAGUUGAGAGGGGAUAGUACACCCACCUUACACGAGUUGGACCAGGAGUCUAAAACCAAGCUUGCAGCGAAAAGGUCAUAUAUUCCCUUUGACCUAACUGGACAAUUGGCAUUGUCUGUCCCGUAACCAUUGGUGACUAGUCUUUAAACACAACAAAAGUAUUGGUUUGUGCUCACGUAAUGCAGCAUUUCAUUUCAUUAAAGAAGAACAAUGGGAAAAGGUUUAAAAAUGCAAGGAAAAGCACUACAGGAAAAAAUUCGGUAGUUUUUAAAAUGUGUCUGUGUUGGAAUUUUCCAUUGUUAUAUCAUGAUCCAGUACCCAAAUUUCAUGGCAUUUUGGAGAAAUUGUUAGUUUUUUAUAAUAAUAAUAUUAAUCCUUGGCUUGACUUCUUCAAAUACACUGAUGAAAUGAGAGAGCGGUGUCAUGUGGUAUGCUGGAUGAAUGGCUAUGGACCAGCUUUGAUGGAGCGGUACCAUCAGUGUGAGCAGGACAAUCUGACUGUGCAUCGAGCAGACCUCCCAGUGUGUUUCGGGAGGUCUGAAACCGAUUUCCUUCUCUGACUGGUUCUGUUCUUCAGUUGAUGCCACCUUGUUUGUCUGUUCCAAUACCUGUCUGUCAGCAUUAAUAAAUAAACAAAAUAUGUUG